CUACUUUUUAAAAUUAGAAUUUGCCAACAUGGCUACAACAUCAACAAUGCUGAUGUUGUUAGUCGUCUAUUGGUGUAUGUUUGUUAGCGUCAAAGCUUAUAUUGCCGGGCUGUACUGUGGUGAAGAAAACUGCUAUGACGUUCUUGAUGUCAACAGAGAUGCUACGAAGAUUGAGAUUACAAAAGCUUACCGAAAGCUGGCAAAGAAAUGGCAUCCAGAUAUGCACAGAACAGAGUCAGACAAAGAGGCAGCUUCUGUUAUGUUUCUGAAGAUUGCAAAUGCUUAUGAGAUCCUUAGAGAUGAAGAACAGAGAACAGAUUAUGACUAUAUGUUGGAUAAUCCAGAUGAAUAUUACUCUCACUACUACCGGUACUACAGGAGGCGUGUGGCACCUAAGGUUGAUGUUAGGAUUGUUAUUGCUGUCACCAUUACAGUUAUAUCAAUCAUACAGUAUUAUGGAGCCUGGAAUAAUUACACAACAGCAUUAAAUUACCUAUGUAAAGACCAAAAGUAUCGAAUAAGAGCUGUGGAAAUAGCUAAGAGUGAAGGCUUGCUAAAUAAUUCAAAGAAGAAAAACAAACGAAGUAAGGAGGAGAUAAAAGAAGAAGAGGAAAUGACUAUAAGAAAAAUUAUUGAAGAAAAGAUGGAUAUUCGAGGUGGCUACAGCAAGCCCAAAGUGACUGAUGUACUGUGGAUCCAGCUGUUCUUAUUACCAUAUCAUAUAGCCAUGUAUAUUGCAUGGUGGUUACGAUGGAUCUGGAAAUUCAACAUUAAAGGCGACGAAUUAGGGAAAGAUGAACAGCUCUAUCUUAUCCGAAAGCAUUUAGGCUUUAGUCAAACACAGUUUGAUGGUGUGGAAGACCGUGAUAUAGAAGAUUACUUACGACAACAACUUUGGAUAAAAGAAAAUUUUGUGAAAUGGAAGGAACUAAAAGAAGAAGAAAUGAAAACUAAAUUAGCAGAAAGUGCCAGAUACAAAAUGUACAGAAGAUAUAUGAAAAAGGGUGGUGCUGGACAGAUGACCUUUGGCCCAGAAUAGGAUUAUGAGUGCUUGACUUGUCAGCAGACAGAAGCAUGUUUUAAAUAGUCUUAUCAAAUUCUUUAUCCAUUUGACUUUGCUCUAAAACAAUGUUCGAAUCUUAAAGCAAUUAAGUACAGCUGUGUUAGUGUGAUAACCAAAUGAUCAGGAAAUUAAGUUCUAAACUUUAUUUAAUAAAAAAAUAAUUUUCAUAACAAAAGUAAGGGAAAUAUGCUUUUUUAAAUAGAUUUUUUUACAAAACACUAUUUUUAUUGCCUUGGUUGUCAUAGUUCUGUCAUUAGUAUUAGUAAUUAUUUUAAUAGCGUUUCUCUUUAUUUUCAGUUGAGCUGUCUUGAUGUGCAGUUUUUUUAAUUAUGCAAAAAUCAUAUUAAAAAGGGAAUUCUAAAUUCUAAUAGAUUGGAAGAACAUAAUUAUAUAACCAUUUAGAAGUUCAAAUGAUUUCACUGUAUUAUUGCCUUAGCUAUCAGAAUUUUUCAUUCAUAAUGAAUGUAUUUUAUAAUAAAUAUUAGCAAAGUUGCAAAUCUUUUAAAAAUGUAUCUGAAACAGAGUAUUAAAUGUUGCAAUUACAAAAUAUGUUGGUAAUUUAUGGGUAUCCUAAACUCUAUUAUCUUUUAUUUUGCAUGCAGGAUGGCUGGUGACAGUGUUGUAGCAGGAUGUUGGUCAUGGGGUAGGGGGGGUGUAGGUCAU